AAACAGAUCAGUUGCAUUUCUCGGCCUGCCGCCACGCAAACUUUCUGCAAUCGCCCUCCCUGCUAAGUGGCGGAGGAGCGGCCGGGCAGAGAAAUUCCUCGGACUCAACUAAUCUUGAUUUAGCAUCUUCCGGGAAGUAAUGCCCGAGGGACAGGCUUGCUGAGUCAUUCCUGCAGUUGCUUCCAACACCAGUGUGGGUUGGUGAUGAUUCAUCCCCAUGGAAAUAAAUAAGGAUUUCCUGCAUUUUCGUCGCUGUGCGAUCGCUGAGUAGUCGUUAGCGCCGAGUCUGUAGCAGGCUUGUCUGCCACUCGCGAUGGGCUCCAACGUCUCUGUGGAUGACUCGGUGCGUGUGGUAAUCGUCGGAGGAGGCUUCGGAGGGAUUGAAGCUGCCCUCCAGCUCCAGCGUUGUGGGAUCCCUUUUGUACUCGUGGACAUGAGAGAUGCUUUCCACCACAACGUGGCUGCCCUGCGCGCCUCCGUACAGAGCGGCUUUGCCAAGAAAACCUUCAUCUCCUUUGCAGUGACCUUUAAAGACAGUUUCCGGCAGGGCAAAGUGGUUGGAAUUGACUUGAAGAAGCAAUGCAUCCUGUUAAAUGAUAAUGAAGAGCUCUUCUUUUCUCACUUGAUCCUUGCCACAGGAAGUGAUGGGCCUUUUCCUGGGAAAUUUAAUGAAAUCAUUGAUAUGCAGUCUGCUAUCCAGACGUAUGAGGACAUGGUUAAAGAGGUUGAAAAAGCUCCUCGCAUAGUAAUUGUGGGUGGUGGUUCUGCUGGCGUUGAAAUGGCUGCAGAGGUAAAGACCAAGUAUCCUGACAAAGAGGUCACUCUGAUUCACUCCAGAAUUGCAUUGGCAGAUGCAGAAAUCCUUCCCAGGGUUCGACAGGAGGUGAAGGAGACAUUGCUACAAGAAGGGGUACAUCUUGUGUUGGGUCAAAAAGUUGCCAACCUGCAUUCAUUGACUUUACAUCAGUUCAAGGCAAACAUGACCGUGGAGACAGAUAAAGGCACAGAGAUUGUUACUGACAUGGUGAUUCUCUGUACUGGAAUAAAUGUCAAUUCAUCAGCAUAUAGCAGUGCUUUCAGUGACAAGCUGGCAAGUAAUGGUGCUUUGAAAGUGAAUGAGCACCUUCAGAUCGAAGGAUAUGAUAACAUCUAUGCCAUUGGUGACUGUGCUGAUGUGAAGGAGCCAAAGAUGGCUUACCAUGCUGGGCUUCAUGCAGAUGUUGCAGCAACCAACAUAGUCAACAGCCUGACAAACAAGCCUCUGAAAAUUUACAGGCCAGGAUCACUUACCUUCUUGCUUUCAAUGGGAAGAAAUGAUGGUGUGGGUCAGAUCAGUGGAUACUAUGUGGGACAUCUCUUAGUGACCCUUGUCAAAAGCAAGGACCUUUUUGUCUCCAAAAGCUGGAGGAAGAUGCAUCAGUGUAUGCCUUGCUAACCGGAAAGGAGGGGAAUUUGCAAGACAGAAGUGUGUCAGCACCAGUGCCAGGCAGAUUAUAUCUUUGAAUUAAUAGUACAUUGAGGGAGUUAAAGAUGGCCACUAAUUAUCUAAAAUAAUCUUAAAUUGUAUGUUCAUUAGAACUUUGUAUUUCACAUCGGGUGUUGGGUAUUGUUUUCAUUAUCUAGUUCAUGAGCUAACAUGAAUUUUGUAAAACUGGAUCAAAAGAUGUUGGAUUAAAUAUGAUCUAUGGAAACAAUACUUAUUUAGCAAGGAAGUCACCA